CAGGUCACUUUCAACAUGGAGAGUGGAGCAGGAAAGCAUUGGACUGAAGAGGAGGUUAAAGCCUUGCUAAGCGUCUGGUCAGAAAAAAACAUAAGAAAACAACUUCAUGGAACACUAAGGAAUAAAGGAAUAUUUAUCUACAUUGCUAAAAGACUACAGGAGUUAGGAGUUUGCAGAGACUGGAAACAGUGCCGUGCAAAGUAUAAAAAUCUGAAGUAUGAAUUCAGAACAGUUAAAUAUGCCCACAACUCUGGAGAUGCCACUAAAACCAUGAAGUUUUUUCAUGAUCUGGAUGCUAUACUGCAAUAUGAACCAGUCACACAAUUAACAGAGGACGAAAACGGCAGGUGCUCUGCAACUGAGAGACAGCUGAACAUAAGCACUACCACAGAGAACACUGAAGGUGAAAUAUCAGUUGCAUUAGAAGAGGAUGAGGAUGUCCCAGAGGAUCCAUUACUUUUUAUUUCACAUGUCAGACCAAUUGAACUAGGUAACUCAUACCUGUGUCUCUCCCCCACCCCACCUGAUGUAGGUAACCCAACAUCAAUAUUAGAGACGUCCAAAAAUCCACCUUUUAUUCCAACGGUAGCAAACGAAGGAGGAAAACACUGGACUGUCAAUGAAGUCAGAGCUCUAAUACAUAUAUGGUCAGACAAAAACAUCCAGCAACAACUUGAAGUGACAGUGAGAAAUAAAAGAAUAUUUGAACAAGUUGCUGCUAGGCUUCAAAAAUUUGGAAUUGAAAGGGACUGGAAGCAGUGCAGAACAAAGUAUAAAAACUUAAAACAUGAAUACAAAAGCGUAAAAAAUGCCCAAGACUCAGGGAAUACAAGUAAAAGUAUGAAAUUUUUUAAUGAACUGGAUGCCAUUCUGGGACACAACACUGGAGAGCAAUCAAGCAAAUCAGAUAAUGAAGAAGGUGAAAGGCCUACAGAAUGGAUAGAAGCUAAAACAGAAAAAGACUCCUUAGGAAUACCUGGAGACACAGGUGAAGAGGACUCUGUCAGUAAUAUGUCAGAAGAGCUACAGGUCACACAUAUAGAGAAAGUUUCUGACACAGUGCUCCCUGACAAAUUCAAAGAAGACAAGUCUGUAAGCAAUCUUUUAGAAGAACUAGGUGCCACACAUAUAAAGGAAGAGGAGGAUAUUGGUUUAGAAAUCCCUGAAGAUAAAGAGGACUUCAUUAAUUUCACCCCAGAAGACUUGGAAUCUACACAUAUAAAGAAAGAGACAAUUGACAUAGACGAUGAUUCUAUAAGCACUACUUCAGAGGAUAUAUCUGGCCCAUCAGUAGUGAAACAGAUAACUGGGACAGACAAUUUAAUUCCUUUGGAUGAAGCACAGAAUCACUUUAGGGUUAUUACAGUUCAUGAUACAGGAGCAGGAAAACACUGGAGUGAUAAUGAAGUCAGAGCUCUGAUAAAUAUAUGGUCAGAUGAGAAGAUACAACAAAUGCUUGAAGGAGCAACAAGAAAUAAAGAAAUCUUUGAGGAGAUUGCCAGAAGAUUAAUGAAAUUUGGCAUAGACAGAGACUGGAAGCAGUGUCGCACAAAGUACAAGAACUUAAAAUAUGAAUACCGCGCACUGCAAAAAGAAAAUGAUCAUCCUGGCAAUCCCAGACGAAAGAUGAGGUUUUACGAUGAAGUUGAUUGCAUCUUCAGAAGACAACCUCUAGUUGCAUCUAGCUGGGGAUGUGAAAGUUCUAAUCUCAUAUCAGAGUCAGUGGGAGACAUUAUCACAAACACAGGACCUUGGGGUAUCAAGAGAAAAGCAUCUGAUGAAUCAUCACCUGGGCCGCUUAAGAAGAGUGCUUCUGAGAAAGCUGUAGUACAAUUUCAAAGAAGUUUAACAGACAGAAUGCAUACAGUAACAGAAGGCAAAAAAGCACUUUUAGAAAGGCUUUGUAAACAGGAGGAAACACAAGACAUCAGCAGAACACAGCUGUAUGGUGAUCCUCCAGCUAUAAAACAGGUGCCCGCUGCCCUGGCCGCCGCGAUGGCUCCCGUAGCAACAGAACUGAAACUUGGUAAAAAAAUUAAUGAAGGUAAAACAAAAGAAGUCUAUGAGUUGCCAGAUCUCGCAGGAUGUGUGCUGAUGCAAUCAAAAGACCAAAUAACAGCAGGAAACGCAGCUAGAAAGGAUCACAUGGAAGGAAAGGCAGCAAUUUCCAAUACAACAACUAGCUGUGUGUUUCAACUGCUGCAUGAAUCUGGAAUCAAAACUGCUUUUGUCAGAAAACAUGGCGACACAGCGUUCAUAGCAGCUCAGUGUGAAAUGAUUCCAAUUGAAUGGGUGUGCAGAAGAAUUGCUACUGGUUCUUUCCUAAAAAGAAACCCUGGUGUCAAGGAAGGAUAUAAGUUUUACCCACCCAAAAUUGAAAUGUUUUACAAGGAUGAUGCUGCUAAUGAUCCACAAUGGUCUGAGGAGCAACUAAUCGAAGCCAAGUUCUGCUUUGCUGGACUUACUAUUGGACAAACCGAGGUGGAUAUUAUGGCCCACUCUACACAGGCUAUUUUUGAGAUACUGGAAAAAUCUUGGUUUCCCCAGAACUGCACUCUUGUAGAUAUGAAGAUUGAGUUUGGUGUUAAUAUAACUACAAAAGAGAUUGUCCUUGCUGAUGUUAUUGAUAAUGAUUCUUGGAGACUGUGGCCAUCAGGAGACCGAAGCCAGCAGAAGGACAAACAGUCUUACCGUGAUCUAAAAGAAGUGACCCCUGAAGCGUUGCAGAUGGUUAAAAGAAACUUUGAAUGGGUUGCAGAAAGAGUGGAGUUGCUGCUGAAAACAAAGAGCCAUGGUAGAGUUGUGGUGUUGAUGGGAUCGUCUUCUGAUCUUGGUCACUGUGAAAAAAUUAAAAAGGCAUGUGCAAACUUUGGAAUUCCUUGUGAGCUACGAGUGACAUCUGCCCACAAAGGACCAGAUGAAACUCUGAGGAUCAAAGCAGAGUAUGAAGGUGAUGGAAUCCCUACUGUGUUUGUGGCGGUAGCUGGCAGAAGCAAUGGCUUGGGACCAGUGCUGUCUGGUAACACGUCAUAUCCAGUUGUCAACUGUCCUCCUCUCUCCGCCGAUUGGGGUCCCCAGGAUGUCUGGUCUUCUCUUAGACUGCCCAGUGGUCUUGGCUGUCCUACUAUACUCUCACCUGAAGGAGCUGCCCAGUUUGCUGCUCAGAUUUUUGGAUUAAGUAACCACUUGGUGUGGGCCAAACUGCGCUCAAGCAUGUUGAAUACGUGGAUCUCCUUGAAGCAAGCUGACAAAAAACUGAGAGAAUGCACCUUAUAAAUAAAGUGUUAAAAGGAAAGUAAUGAAUACCUUUAUAUUGGCUACGUAAAAAAUAGUGCCAUGUGCAAACUGUCUUCACGCUAGGAUCUUCAUGUGGAUCAGUUGGAAAUCUUAAACCCUUUGUUGUAUAAGAUGAUACAUCUUGUAUGGUAGAUGAUAGUCUCUACAAUUGGUCUCGUUUUCUGUUUUUUUAAUAAAUGAUAGCAUACGGGAUA